UUCGGUCCCGGAGACCGAUUUCCAGCAUAUAUGAACAUGGAAUGGAAGACAAUUUCGGAAGGGUGUACCUACGCUUGCAGACAAACCACCUGCGAUUGCUCUUUGUGGAGUCUCACCCUCAUUAACUCUCUGCUUCAACACCCUUCAAUUCCAUGAGAAUUGAGAACCACCAAUGGAAGUCGCAAGCCUGAAAGACAGUUCAUUGCUCUCGAGUCCCUUCUCUUCGCCCAAUGUCGGUGCCCUGCUCAAGAUUAAGAUCAUUUCAUGGAGCCAAGAGACAGGCUUGCCGGUGUCCAUUGAGGUUCGGGUUGCCGAUAAAACCUUCAACCUGCAUAAGUACCCCUUGUUUUCAAAGAGUGGAUACUUCAGGAAGAGAUUGAAUGAAUCGACAGAGCUUGAGCUUCCACAGAGUUUCCCUGGAGGACCGGAUACAUUUGGAAUGAUUGCACUCUUCAUCUACGGGUCCUCCACAUUGAUCGACCCUUUUAAUGUCGCGGCCCUUAGAUGCGCAGCAGAGUUUCUUGAAAUGACAGAGGAAUACUGCCCUGGAAACCUAUGUGACAGAUUUGAUCUCUACCUAAACCAAGUGGUCUUACAGAGUUGGGAUGAUACCAUAAUUGUUCUCCAAAAGUGUCAAACAUUGCUUCCCUUGGCUGAAGAGUUGCUAAUUGUUAGCCGCUGCAUCGAGUCUCUCGCAUUCAUGGCUUGCAUGGAGAUCCUUGAUCCAGAGAGAAGGCGUGAUCGACCUGUAGUCACGGUAGAGGCUUUGGCUCAUCAAACUUGGAGCUGUGAAACAGUGAAGGAGAUUGUGAGCCAUGAUCUGUGGAUUAAAGAUCUCAUUGCUCUGCCAUUUGGAUUUUUCAAAAGGAUAAUCAAGUCCUUAAGAAGGCAAGGAAUGAAAGAAAAAUAUGUGAGCCCCAUUGUUGUUUUCUAUGCAAACAAAUGGGCACUCUCAAAUAAGACUCGUCAAUUUUGGGAGAACUCAGGUGAGAAAGAUGGGGAUGAUGAAGCCAAGAACAAAGUUUCCAGUAUACUGCAAGGUAUUCUUGAUUUGCUGCGUUUGGGAGAGAAAGCCAGCAGAGUAAUUCCUGUCGGGUUUUACUUUGCAUUGCUCUCUAGAUGCCUAGAAGUCAAUUUGAGAAGUGACACCAAGACAAAGUUGCAAGAUCAGAUUGCAUCUUUGUUGCACUUUGCGCGAGUUGAAGAUUUUCUCCUACCAAGAAGCACAAUAGAUUCCAUUUCUUCCAGCAUAGAGCUGACAACAAUGGAGAGCAUUUUCUCGACAUACGUAUCUUAUAGCAUGGAGAUAAACCAUACAUCUUCAGUGAACAACUCAAUUGUCGCAGAAUUAUGGGAUGCCUAUCUUUCCCAGAUAGCUCCAGAUCCAGAAAUGGCACCGAGAAGAUUCUUGAAUCUCAUUGAAACAGUACCGAUAUCAAGCAGACAGAACCAUGAUCAUCUGUACAAAGCAAUAAACACCUUCCUGCAGGCACACCAAAAUGUGUCCCAAGAAGAGAAGGGAUUGGUCUGCAAAAAUCUCAACUGCCAGAAGCUAUCUCAAGAAACAUGCAUUGAAGCAGUUCAGAAUGAGUUGAUGCCACUGCGUUUGAUUGUCCAGGCGCUUUUUGUUCAGCAAAUGAACACGCACAAAGCUUUCAAAGAAUGCUCUGACUCAUUCAGGUACGCGCAUUGUGGAGAAUUUUCCGGAAGUCUCUCUAGCUCAAGAUGUCCUAACUCCAAAAGCCAAAACUUUGGAGACAGCCCAUACAUGGAUGGAGAAUCAAACAGUAGACCCUUUGGCUUCUUGUUGCAAAAAGAUCACGCAAUGCAAAGAUCUGAGCUCUCAAGGAAGGAUUUUGAGUCCACAAGCUUCAGAAUUCAGAAUCUUGAACAAGAACUCAUGUCCUUAAAGAGAACUCUUCAGUGGCAGAACUUCUCAAAGGAAAUGGAAUCAAUGACAACUAAAUCAAAGAGCUUGAAGCACCAAAACAGUUUGGAGGGAAAAGCAUUAAGCAGGAAGAGGAACCCCCUUGGACAAGUGACUGCUUGCAUUGGUUCUGUAAAUUUUACUACACAGAGAAAGUAUGCGAAUGGACUACUGAAGGUAUUUCGGAAGAUAGCCCUGUUUGGAAGAGGAAAAUCAAAGAGAAAACCAGGUGUCCCUGAUCUAUGGCACAACUCAGUGUACAAGUAACUAACUAUAAGCAUCAUAUGUAUGGAAACCCAAACUAUAGCAGAAACAAAACAUGGCCAAGGACUGAAUAAUCACUCUUCAAGUUGACUAAAUAACACACCUCAAAGCUUUUAUAGAAAGUCCAUAUCUCUAAGUGCUUUUAGCUGUAUUAUUAGAUCCCAACUGAGGUUUGAUGUUUGAUAUUGCA